UACCAACAACGGUAACUGGGGACGAGACAGGAGAGGGAAACCACAUAGGUUUCCGCGCGACAACAACAACAAUCGUUCCGCUAUAUCUUUACCUUCCCAAUCUUUGCAUUCACCAUCCGUAUCUCAUCCUUAUUACCAAGUUCAGUACUCAACCUCUAAAACCACCGAAACUCCACACCCCCAACCUGCUACUCCAAACCUUAUCAAUCCUUACCCCAACAUAUCACCGACUGCAGAUCCAAUUUCCUUACCACAACCCCUACCAAAACCUACUUCAAAUUCAUGUCCCUCUACAAGACCUAUGUACGCAACUUCUUCGGAAUCUGAUUCUCAAAUUUCAUUUGCGCCAUCCUCUGUUGUUGGCCUGGAAGAUGAGGCAAAAACGUUGAUGGAUGAUUUGUGCAGCGAGAGCGCACCAACACCAACACACUGUUCUCUUUUAUCUAGAUCUGAUGACAUCUUAGAGGUUGUACCCCAUGUUAUAUCUGAGCCAGACACCUCUGUCAAUUUGGGCAUCGAAGCAGUGUUCACACCUUACAAUCUAACACUUAUGGUUGUGCCUCAGGUUCGAUAUGUCCUUGUUCCCAAGUUUGCACCCCAUUUGUUUGGUAAUAUGCCUGAGAAAAAGGAACUGCAAUCCAACUUGUCUAACUCGCAAUUCCGACAAUUUAUUCCAUGCCACUGGAAGUUGUUUCAAUCACGGCUAGUUCAUCCAGAAAUCACACUCCAUCAAUUUCAUGGUGUUUGGCGAAAACAAUUUGAUCCUGGCAUCAACAAGAUGGAUGCUAGUGUUUCAAAACAGGAGUCUCCACACUCUUUUCCAUGUGCUUUUAUUAGAUAUUCAACACUCACUCUCCUUGGUUUAAUUUGGAAGCCUUUUGAUCCUGGUAUUUUGAGGCAACUGAAGUCCUUUAUCGUGAUGUGAACUCGAGGUCGAGUUCUUUACAAGAAGAGGAGACUGAUGUAGGAGCUUUUUAAGAUAAUUUUAGUAUUUUAGUAAUUUUACUUAUUUGUAAUUAAGAUCUUUUAGGAUCUUAAUUAUUUUUUGUUAGGAACUUAUUUAUUUUCAAUUAGGAUCUUUUAUUUUCAAUUAGGAUCUUUUAGGAUAUUAUUUAUUUUACUAUUAGGAUAUUUUCUUUUCUUAUUUAAGCACUUGUAAGGCAUAGCCUAUUUCAGUUUUUUGAUAAUAAAAUUUAAGAGUUUUCUCUUCUUCUCUGGUGGAUUCCAGUGUAUUUUCUAGGGUUUUAGCGCUUGCUAAUUUCCUUUCUGGUGGAUUCCAGAAACCUUUUCCUUAGGAUUUGCGCUUGCAAUCCUAGUACGACUUC